AUGGACUUCGCCGACAUCACCUACUCAAUUCCCCGUGCGAACAUCUUCAGCGGCCUCGAGCCCUGUCUUGCUAUCAUCCUCGCUUCGGUCCCUAUGAUGCGCCCCCUCCUGGGGCGUUCCACAUACACACCCGAGUUAACAGCUCGCCCAUCCCAUAAAUCUUCGUCCCCGUCUAGAAGGUCCAGGUCUACUGGCGAUAGCGAGUUUCAGCCGCUGCAGGAUGACUCGAGUGAGCUGUGUUUGCGGCCGAUUGGGCCAAAGCAUGAAGUCGGCGUCGCAGUUGAAAGGUUCACAGAUACGAGAAAGACUAUCCCAUGGGUCACAGAUGCACCGGAUUACUUCCAGGGUUAUGGAGGCAAGGCCAUUGGCGCCAAAGAUGCAACAACAACCUAUGGAAUCAACUGUCUAUCGGACAAACCAGCUUGCCACAGAUUUAGUCUAGAUCUGACCGUUAUCUAUGGACCCAAUACAUAUGAUAUGGUUGCCAACGGCUACAAGUUCGAUUUUACCUCAGGUUGCACGCUGAUGGGAUCUCCAACCCCCACAGGUGCCUCCUGCACACAAACACAGUCCUCGCAUGGUAAUAAUGCUAUCAACUCGGCUACAGUGCUCGUUCCAACCACGGGAGCUGACUCCACUCUCGGGAUUUUCCCGGCAACGUUGAUCGUGACAGAUACUGGAGAUUUCCCCGCGCCUACUAGCAUGACUGAAACCAAAGCUUCUUCUAAUUCCGAUGUUUCAACUAGUGACGCAAUCUUUACUGUGUCUGCGACCGCGACAACUGAUGUCAGCUCUGUCUCUUCCGCUGAUGGCAGUGUGACUGCAAUUGGGUUCCUGAAUGCGACAGCCAUGACACCUGGUGGUCCAACUUAUUUCGGUAAUGGAACUUCGCCGGCUGGCAAGAAUAUAUCGACGGUGACGGUGACUGCUCUUGCUACUGCUGUUCCGUGUCACUGUGAAUGUGACUGCCGACAAAAUCAGACCGCUCGGGCCACUGUCACUGUCCCAUUGGCGAUGAAAAACCACGCUGUCAAGACGGCUGCGCCCGUCGCAUUGUGUGGAUUUGUGGCUGGCGCUAUGUUCUGGAUUUGA